AUGGACUCCUUUCAAUCUAAUGAUGCUAUAAAUCUCGAUACCUUGGAUGACUGGUUAGAAAAUGACUUGCGUGAAUCUGGCCUAUUGUCUACUGAUGCUACUCAUACGAUUGAAAACAAGCCCACAACACCAAGGGAACUACUGCUGGCCUCACCUCCUAUAUCUGAAUGUACACCUCGUAUGGAUACUGUUCCUACUCCCAUGAUUAAAUAUGAGCCAUUGUCCCCUGCUGAAACACCCAAAGUUGAACCAAAGGAUGAUAUGUCGCCACCCUGUGGUUCUAUUGAUCUCCAACCCUUCAUUAAAGCACUGGCUCUCUUGGGCUCCAUUCAACAAAACAACACAAAAUCAACAAUGGAUGAAACGAUCAACAGCAAUAAUAAACGAGAACGACCCGACAUAAACAAUAGAAAUCUUAGUCAAGAGGAUUUGAUCGCCUUAAAACGCCAACGAAAUACAGACGCAGCCAGAAGAUCUCGCCAACGUAAAGCAAUGAAGAUGGAAGCACUGGAAAAGCGAGUACUAGAAUUAGAAACUGAGAAUGAACGAUUGAGACUACGCGCAGCCAUUGCAGAGAGCGAAAAAGCCAACAUUGAAGCAAAGGAAAAGAGAAGUAAAGUUCGAAUUCUGGAAUUAGAACGACAACUUGCCGAUGCACACAGAGCUUUAUUACAGACCAGCUACAGAGAAAUCGCAGCAUAG